GAGCUGUAGUUCGCAGGUCCAGGUGGUGGGCGGCCCCAGAGCGACUUCGGGCCUCACCCGGAUGGCGGUUGUGAGGCGCGGCUGCUGGCCUUGGGGCUCGAUCCUCGGGCUGCUCGGCUUAGUGUCCGCCGCGGCCGCCGCCUGGGACUUGGCUUCUUUGCGCUGCAACUUCGGCUCGUUCUGCGAAUGCGACUUCCGGCCCGACCUGCCGGGUCUGGAGUGUGACCUGGCUCAACACUUGGCUGGCCAGCAUUUGGCCAAGGCACUGGUGGUGAGGUCACUGAAGGCCUUCAUACAGGACCCGGCCCCCAGCAAGCCGCUGGUCCUUUCCCUGCACGGCUGGACAGGCACCGGGAAGUCCUAUGUCAGCUCUCUGCUGGCACACUACCUCUUCCAGAGUGGUCUUCGAAGCCCUCACGUGCAUCACUUCUCCCCCAUCAUCCACUUCCCACACCCCAGCCACAUCGAACACUACAAGAAGGAUCUCAAGACCUGGGUCCAAGGCAACCUCACUGCCUGCGGCCGCUCCCUCUUCCUCUUCGAUGAGAUGGACAAGCUGCCCCCUGGCCUGAUGGAGGUGCUGCGACCUUUCCUGGGCCCCUCUUGGGUUGUGUAUGGGACCAACUAUCGCAAAGCCAUCUUCAUCUUCAUCAGCAACACUGGUGGUGAGCAAAUCAACCAGGUGGCCCUGGAGGCAUGGCACAGCCGCAAGGACAGGGAGGAGAUCAGCCUGCAGGAGCUGGAGCCAGCCAUCUCUCGGGCCGUGUUGGACAACCCGCACCAUGGCUUUUGGCAUUCUGGCAUUAUAGAGGAACGUCUGCUAGAUGCCAUUGUGCCCUUCCUCCCACUCCAGCGGCACCACGUGCGGCACUGUGUGCUCAAUGAGCUGGCCCAGCUGGGCCUGGAGCCCCAGGAGGAGGUAGUUCAGGCUGUGCUGGACAGUACCACCUUCUUCCCCGAGGACGAACAGCUCUUCUCUUCCAAUGGCUGCAAGACUGUGGCCUCCCGGAUCACCUUUUUCCUCUGAUGCCACGAGGUGGCACCCUUGCCUAGAGGAGGCACUCCUCUGCCUAGAGAGACCACACAGCAAGGCCUGGGGCCUCCUGUGGAGGGACUCUUUCCUAAGCUGGCUGGCAAGACAGACCCAGAGCAAAAAGUCAAGAUGGAGAAUGGUGCUGACCAAGCCGAGGACAGAGGGCUGGGAAGGGCUUGGCCUCUUGACUGGUUAGAGGGCAUCUCCCCAGGCAAACUCCUGGGCAUCCCAGAACCUCACUGAGCUUUGAUCUCACCCUGCAGUCUGAGCCUUCUCAAUGUGAAUUGCAACUCAGGGACCGAGGCUCCUGGCUGCUCCCUUCUGGGGCUUUUACCUGCACCUUUUACCCUGACUCCAUACCUGGACCUCAGCCCCACAGCCUGUGACUGGAGCUGGAAACUCAGCAAGGCCAGGCUGGGACUUCACAGUUUCCAUAAAUGGAGGAACUUGAGCUGCCACCCUGGGCCUGGAUUUCAAAGUUUUUAAUUUUGUAAAAGAAGAGAACAGGGAUAAUAAAUUUAGCCAUGGGACCAGAAGAA